AUGGUUGAUACGUCAUCAGAGAUUGAGAAGCAAACGUCUGAAGUUCUCAACCCAAAGAAAUUGGAUUUGAAUGUUUGGCCACCCAGAGCUAGUUCAGCCGUGCUUGAUGCCAAGCCCAAAGUAACUUCUGAAGAAAUUUUACCAAAAAAAAAGAUAAACGAUUUGAUUGCCAAAUUCAAUAGCGGCAGCUUGGAAAAUGAUUCUCCCAAAAAGGAAUUUGAAUACAAAAAUGAGUACGGAGCAACAAAGAGUGUGGGAAAGAUUCAUACGGACGUAUUCCAUUAG